AUGAGCUGGGUUAACUUGCACGACUUUAAUAAUUCAUCAUCUAUCGGUACCGUUCUGAAGCUUCCAAACAACCAUGGAAGCAAAGGGCGAAAUCGUGUUGUCCCCUGUGCUGUUGAUGCCAGAUGGAUUUCUACCGAAUUAAGUAUUGAGACUACAACAAGCCAAAGUGUCUUUGGUAAUUUCGGGAGCUUAGGAGCUUUCUCUGGUUUGGGGAGUUUGAUUUCAGACGCCAAUGGAAAUCAUUCUCCAGACUUGACUUCUGUCGUGAGUGACAUGGUCAAAAUUGACCUUGAAUGGGCGCAAUAUACCAGUCUUGUAACUCCUAUUGAUCACAAAUAUCCUUCAAGCGUAGAUGUGCUCAUCGAUAGUACGAUAUCUAUGCCAAAUGCAACUAGCAUCGAAGUUCUACUAGAGCAGAGGUUAGAUGGUCAUGGGGGGUCUUCAUAUCCGGUUAUAAGGUUUGCUGCUCCAGACCUAUUUAAUGACUCAACUCCCAAAACGACGAUUCAAGCCUUCAUAUCAAUACUCCUAGGUAUUCUCGUAACCGAAGCCCUCGCCCGUCAUGCCCCAGUUGAUACAACCUCUUGGUCUGUUAGCUCUGAACCAGACACAAACAUAUGCACACAAAUGGUUUACAAGUUUGGGUACGCACCAUUUGAGCUUUCCUGUGACUCCCAUCCUACCAGCUCGUGGAAGUUUGACUUUUGGAGACGAGGUUAUAGUUACGGAAUCAAAAACUCUACAACUAGAUUGGCACUAGCUACUCUCCUCACACAUGCUCUCAUGGCACUUAUUUUUAUCGUGUAUCUAUGUUUCACAGGUUGGACGACGAAAUUGUGGGGCUCAAUUGGAGAAUUGGUUGCGCUGGCGCCAGUUCCAAGGAGGACGAAAGGAUUUCGGGGAACGAAUGCUAAAAUUAAUCGUACAAAAACUUGA